UGGUUACCUCCUCAAAACCUGUCUACCUAACUACCUCCAUUCCUCUCACUUUAUUUAGCACCCUAAGUUUUUUUUCUUUCUUUCAGAAAGCCACAACUCGUGGUCAACCUAUACAUUCAUUUAAAGGGAUUGGACCUUUAUUGUACUUAGUCUUUGUUACAAUCGCGUGGUCAAUUCUCCAUUGACAUCGCGUCUACUUAGCCGCCUCGUUUCCCUCCUUUACAACAAGUACCUACCCCCCCACGUUUCCCUAAUACUGAUAACAUAUCAAAUACCUCGCCAACUACUUUCAGAGAGGCGGUUUACCUGGUAUUUAUUCGGAUACUGCGUGGUCUUCUGUGGAUGGUCGCAAGCGACCUACACCAUUGCGGUUCUUGAUUUCAUUCAUGGCGACGGCGGCAUCCUGAUCUCUACUACGUUAUUUCGACAGGUUGGAUACCUACUUUGACUCAACACUUACACCGAGUACAUUUGAGAACAUUCUUCGUGUCCGUGUAAGCUACAGAUACGAUUAGUGCACCCAUGACUAUUGGUCCAUCCCAACAAUACCGCGACAGUUGUGAUGGACGGCACAGUACAUAAUGACCCCGAUGGCAGCGGCGAGUUCAUCAGACCUGGAGCCCUGACCAGGCAGCAUAUCGAGACGAUCGUUAUCUUCGAGCGAUUGGGCGCUGCCCUAUCCGUCACAGGCAUCCUUCUCAUCUUCAUCGCCUACGCCGCUUUCAAACGACUCCGCACCGUUCCAAACACCUUCAUCGUCUUUGCCUCUUGCGCCAACCUGGGGGCCAGCAUUGCCUGCUUAAUAGGGUACUCGGGGGUGCAGGCAGGGUCGAAUAGCCAUUUGUGCCAGGCACAGGCUUUCAUGUUCGAGCUGUUUAUGCAAUCAGAUCCAUGGUGGUCAUUUGCCAUGGCGGUCAAUGUGUACAUGGUGUUUUUCUUUUCGGCCGACCCGAAAAGCUUCCUUCAGUACUGGUGGGCGUACUGUCUCGUCUGUUACGGCGUUCCUUUUAUUCCAUCGUUGUGGCUCCUUAUUGUGCGCGGCGGAGAUGGACAGAACGUGUACGGUAAUGCGACUAUUUGGUGUUGGAUAGAUAAGGACUGGUCCAACCUACGUAUUUACACGUACUACCUCCCGAUUUGGGUCUGCAUCAUUCUCUCGUCUUGCAUUUAUAUCGCCGUCGGCUACUACGUUUUCAAACAGCGUAACCAACUGCGCAAUCUAUCCCUAAGCAACCCUACCUACGAGCCACCGGCCACACGCGACUCGGGAGAGAAGACCUUAUUCCCCAACGCAGCUGUUAUGGGCAGAAUAAACCGGGAAGUCGUCCAGAUCACGACCGUGAACUCGUCCACCGCCCAAGCCGUCGGCGAGCCAUCUUCCACCAGCGGCGGCGCCCUCCCCACCAACUGGUUCGACGGCCCGCCCGACAACACCCCCAACAACCACAACCACACCCAUAACCACCCAUCCCAGCCCCCCACCACCACCACCACCAUCCCCUCCUCCACCCCCAUCCGCGCAUCCCCCAACCCCUACCAAACAACCAUCACCCGCAUAACCGCGGACCCCGCGCCGCACGAGGGGCUCUGCGCGCGGGCGCGGGGCAACCUCUCGCGGUGGCGCAGCCGCUUCGCGCACAUGGACCCGGUGAAGCUCGCGUACCUGCGGACGUCGUUCGUGUUCGCGAUCAGCGUCUUCGUCACGUGGACGCCGUCGUCCAUCAACCGCGUGCACGACCUCGUCUACGCCGAGACCGCUAGCUUCGCGCUCAACCUGGCCAGCGCCGUCGUGCUGCCGCUGCAGGGCGUCUGGAACGCCGUCAUCUUCUUCUCGACCACCUGGAGCCUGCUGAGGGCCGAGGUCAGGGCCUGCGCGGACAGGAGGAGGGGCCUGCCCAGGGGCCAUGAGCAGGCGAGCCAGAUGAGGUGCGAGAGGGAGAGGGAGAGGGAUAGGGCGGUGGAGUUGGCGAGGAGGAAGACGGGGGGGGAGGGGCAGGGGGAGGGGGAGCGUGUGGAUGAUGCGGAUGCGGAUGCGGAUGCGGGGAGCGAUGUCAGUGUGCCCAGUACGCUGACGGGUGUUGCGCCGAGUAGAGGUACGGUUAGGGUCAUGCGAGGGGGGUCGUUGACGAGUUUGUGAAACUGUUAUGGAGUUGUGUGUGUGAGGAAGCAUGGGUGGAAGAAGUAAAGGAGAGAAUUCCCUUGAGUUCUUCUCGGCCGUUAUAGUUGUCGCUGUGGGUUGCUGUCGUCGCCUGCUUCGGGUAGAAAGGUGAGAGGUGCUGGGGGUGCGUGCACAUGGACGGAUCGAACGAACGAAGAAACGUAAUUCACGAACACGCAUAUUGAUACCUUUGACUGCGAUUAGCUUGGGAGCUUGGAUGAGGAGUUAAUACUCGAUAUGUACUUGAGGAUGGAUUAUGCAUGUAUGCCAUCCUGUAGGUACUUGGGUGUUGGAUGACGCUACUUGGAAGGCUUGGGUUAGGUGUUGGCUGGCUAGCUAGCUAGGUAGUCGAUGCUCUACAUACCUGUGUGCCUACCUACAUGGCUAUCUACCUACCUAGGUACUUAGGGUGUCUGACUAGGUACUUACCUGGUAGUCUUCUUUAUGUACGAGAGGACGUUGAUAAGAGUGUCUGCCCGUGUACGUACCUACUUUGAUCU